AUGGCGCCCACCGAAACCGAGAUUCUCGCCAACUACCUCAUCCAGCCGUCGGCUCUCACCGCCAUCACGACUCUAGAGCAGUUCAAGGCACUAUUCCCUCGGCCUUUACAGUCGGCGCCUCUUGUCCGAGCGCUCUUCCGAGAUUUGCAAUCCCAACGUACGGCGCUCCUCGACGAGGUCGCCGAGAACAUUGCCGAUGAGGCCAAGCGGGGAGUCAGCAUGCGCCGCGAGGUUGUGCGGGCCAAGAGAGAAGCGGAGCGCGAAGAUAUGGAUGCUGAGAUUGAAAUGGAACGAGCGCUCUUUGGCGAAGCAUCGGGUGCUGCGAGCGCCAAGCACACCCUCACCUCUGUGAUCCCCGAGUUAGAGGGAGCAACCGGAGCACUCGAGGCCGAAAUCGAGAAGUUGAAAGAGGAGGAGGCUGCACUUCUCGAGUCAGUACAACAGACGAUCGGCGCACUCAGCGAUCUACGAUAUGGCAAGUUCGCCAACGGUCAAAUCAGCGAGGACAUCAUCGACGGCCUCAAGAACGUGGAAGCGGCUUGCCAAAACAAAUCUUGA